UCUAAAAUAGUAGGUAUCAAUAUUGCUUGUGCAAUGACAACUGAGGGAUUUGCGUUAAUUGUUUUUGUAUUCUUGAUUCAAUAUAAUUGUUCGACUCAUUCAAAAACCAUUACACGAACUAGCAAACAAAACAUAUUCUUUGAAACGAACCAAAACACACAAAGAGUCAUCAAUAAUCUCUUUUCUUUAGUAAGGCUCGAUAAUGCAUUUAAAGAAUCUCAAAAAGUACAAACAUUAUUAGCCAUUCAUUAUAAAUUACGAAAUGCAUCAGAAAAGAUAAGUGAUAUUUUUAAAGAAAUCCAUAAUCGAAGUAAUUUGAGCAUCAUAGAUAGACAUGUAUUUAACGUAGUUGAGAAUUUUGCUGAUGUAAAUAAUAAUGGAAACAAUUUAGAGAGUAAAGAUUUUAUUUCGCAUGUAGUAAACGUGAUCUUUGAAAACCUUAUGACUAAUCCUAUGGAAAAUAUAAAAGAUGUAAUGGGCAGAAUUGUUUACAAUGCAAUAAAUAGAGAUAGUUUCGAAGAAAUAAUUGAUGAUUUAGGUGAUAAUUCUGACGUGGAUACAAUUAUGUCAGCAGUUGCUAUUCAAGAAGUUUUAGAUCAUUUAAGAAAUGUUUCUGAUGCUACAAGUGAGACAUCAAGUGGAAAUGAAGUAUUCAAUAAAAAUGAUAGUAUCAAUUCAAGACGUAACUUCGAUGAUUUUGACUUGGAUACUUGGCAACCACUAGAUGAAGAAUAUCGAAAUACGAGAAGAAUAUUCAAUGGAAGACCAACUAGUAUAGACGAUUAUCCGUUUAUAGCUAGUGUUCAUGUUAAAGGACAAUUCACUUGCUCUGGGUCUAUUAUAAGUAAAAGUGUCAUACUGUCUGCAGCAACAUGUUUACAGGCGAUUUACAGUUCUAGCCUCGACGGAACGAAGUUUGUUAAAGUACGCAUUGGAAGUGACUUCGUGAAUAAAUAUGGGAAUUUCUUAGCAAUAUCAGCUAUUGAUUUCCACCCACAAUACGAUCCAAUAUAUUUGAGACAUAAUUUGGUUGUUCUUAUCAUAGAUAAAUUAAAUUUCCGAAAAAAUUGGAAUAUUAAAAGAAUAAAAAUUGAUAAAGAUGAUACAAGUAUUGAAGGAGAUGUUACUCUACUGGGUUGGGGUGCUCAUGAUAAUACUAUGGAAUUUAAAAGCGAUACGCCUCUAUCCUACACUACCCUACAUCUCAUAAAUAAAAGAAAAUGCCAGCAUAUGUAUACAAGUAAAUAUGUUACAGGUCCACAUUUCUGCGCCGGCAUCGAGAUGAAGGGAAGUGGUGCAUGUUAUAGAGAUGUUGGAGCACCAGCAGUCUCCGGCACCAGGCUAGUAGGCGUGGUCAGCUUCGGCCCAGCGGAGUGCGGGAAGGUAGACGCGCCGACCGUGUUCAUCAGGGUUGCAGCGUACGAACAGUGGUUGAAGGGGGUUAUACGGAAGAAUCGCUGAUAAAAUAAGUAAGAUAAGUAAACAAUAAUAUUGACUGCUUACUGGAAGGGAGAGACCUAUUUAAAUAAUAAAGUAAAAUUCAACAUUCAUAAAGACUUUUAUUUUCGAUCCCCUUAAGAAUGUGACUUCAUAAAUAAUAACCUCCUUUACAAAAUUUUCUUUUUUCAAACCAACGUCACAACAAAAAACAAACUGUCAAUCACUAUUGACGUGACGUCACA